GUUGAUCGUAAUAGAGGUUGUAAAAUAUUUUAUAGAAAUCAUCAUUUGAUCGGCGAUUUAAUAAGAAAAUGUAAAGUUUUAGUCGAAAUAUUUUUCUAAUAAAUUAAAAAAUAUGUUAAUAACUGGGAAGACGAUAAUUAAUAUGUACUACGUAGUAGUUGCUACGUCGAUAAUGUCGUCGAGUAUAACGCAGCAAGGUUCCGGUAAUUCAGUGAAUGUGCUCUUUUCAAACAUGGAGAGGUUAUUUGUUUGAAAUAAUAUGUGGGAAUUAAGAAAUCGGAGUGUGAUCAUUUUAGUAAGUGUGUUGAGUGGGUGCGUGUUUCUGUACAACGUUUGGGGAUCGAUUUUUAUUCUUACCAUUUCAUUGUUUCUUACGAUUUAUGCGUGCUAUUUUUUAAUUAUCAACGACAGCUUAUUGUCGCCGCACGCGUUCCUUUUACUGGAUUACUGCAAACACAUUUCUUUCGAAGUUCGUACGAGUUUCGGAACCGUCAUCGAUCACGUAUACCUGUAUAUCCGACAAUUUUUUGAGGCUGCGAUUCGCCGUUUUCGAAAGCGAUAUCUAACCGAAAGACGACCCUACUCUAGGAUGGAAAGACGACGAGGAUCGAAUUAUCAGCUUAGUACCGAUCCUUAUCCAACUAAGAAACGUUCUUCCCAUUUUGGAUCGAUCACGCAGAUUAGCCCAAUUCCAAAAAAUUUACAAAAAGCCAAUGUGUCAAACGAUAUCAGUUCGAAAAUGUAUUUUUAUCCUAAUUCCGAACAUUCGUCAUACGAUCACGAUUCCUUUGUUACAAAACGUACUUCGACACCAGUGUUGUCACGAAAUAAAGAGGAAUUAGAAAAUCAAACGUUCAAGUUGUCACCUUCUGGUCAAGUAUUAUCAAAGAGACCACCGUCUCCUCUGUAUGGACAGAAUCAUGUUCUGAUGCAGGUAGAAAAUUCAACGUAUUUUGACGCCGAAGGUUCUUCAUGGGAUUCUAGCGUAACUGCUAAAGUAGAUACAAAAGUAGGAGAACGAAAAGCUAUUCAAACAGCUAGCGGGCCUCUCUUAGCAUCGACUAGAUACAACAUUGAUCCCAAAGUAUACAAUGACGUAACCUCUCCAGGACUUACGGCUCGAUUGACUAAAUAUGCUACUGAAGCAAGCAACAAAUUGGCUCAUCAAUCCAAAUAUCGGGUAGGGCAAUUUCCAAAAGUAAAUCUCCAUGCUAGUUCAGUUCCAUUGAUAAAUGUGAAGUCUAUGAAAACAAGGACGCCGGCAACAGUUAGAGUAGCACCGUCUCAUACCAUACGAUAUUCUCCACCAUCGAAGCAAAAUAUUUUGUCGAAUGUGCGUCACUCUGACAAUAGUUGUUCCUCGCCUAGCGUUGCCCAAGCUUUAAGGGAGAUAUCGCUAAAAAGACACGCUUCGAGGGAAGAUGUGGCUUACGACCCGGCAAAGAAACAACGAAGAGAUAUCGUUGCUAGUAAGGAAUUUGAGGUACAGGAUGAAACAAAGCAGAAAAGGAGCAGAGAAGAAUCCUUGAAAUCGGAAGAAGAUAUUUCUCCCCAAAGUAAUAAAAUUGUUCGACCCACGAAACGUACUAAAACACCGUCGUGUUACGAUAUUAUAAAUUCACUCAGUUCUAGCAAGCACGUUGUUUCCGGCGUCAAAAGGAAAGCUAGAGACUUUUCACGAAGCGGAACCCCAGAUUUUGAAAAGCAUUUUAAAUCUUUGGAAUGUGUUCAAAGUGCUAGUACUGAAACGGUAGCACAAGUUCACAGCACAAGCUCAAAAUGUCCUGACUACGAGUUAACGGAGAGAAAAAAUAAUUCACAUGCGUGUAACUCUGCCGAUAAGCUACAAGAACAUUCACCGUUGAAGGGAAUUUUAAAAGCAAAAGGAAAUUUUAACAAUGAAAGUAUAGAAAAUGAAUCAGACCACAAACACACAAAACGUUUGAAUGCGCAGAAUAGCGAUAAAGAUAAUUCCGUAGAAUCGAUCGAGUCCAUCGAAUCAGCCAAGUUAACACACAAGUUAUUUAUGAGGGCAGAACCGGAAAGAAAUGAGAAGUUACGGAUGUUGGUCGAAGAGCAGGGUAAUAUACGAGCAAAGUUUACUACCGACGAUGUAGAAGAGAUAAAGAAGGAAGAUAUUACAGACAUGAGGCAAACGAGCAUGAAAGCAAGACUUCAAAGCAUGUUUGAUGCCAUAUCUGGUAAAGGUGCCAGUCGGAUUAAUCCAGACGUGGUGAUUCAAGCGGAAGAAGUAAAUGCCGUCAAGUCUGUCGCAUGUACUGUCACUUGUGCGACCCUUAAUUCUUUGACUACCACUACGAACGUUAAUACCACACCCAUUUCCACAUCGGCCGUGGCACCUAGUCCUGGUAGCAGCGAAUCGAAUACAAAGUCACCAAAACAUGUGGCUUUUAAUUUACCAGUCAAAAAUACUUCCUCGAAUACGAACGUUCAGUUUGCCGAUACGUCUGAGAGGAAAAUUGAAAACGUGUUAACUUCCGUGGCAGAUAAAACGAUCAAUUCUACUCUUGGGGUUACGCUUUCGACUACGAAAUCUGAAAUCGUAUCUCAGCCUGUUGUUUCGAACUCAACUACGACCAGUUCGAUGAGCUUUAACGUACAAAAUUUCGAUUCUAACAAAUCAACUACGAUCACAUCAGCGACAAGUACUUUGCCGAUUGGUACCACGUUCGUGUUCGAUACCGUGUCUGCCAAUAAUAAAUCCCCUCUACUUGCUGUUCCCGCAACAACUACCAUUUUUGGGAAUGUUACCACAGCUGCGCCAAUAUCUUCGGUGAUUUCUAUGAGUACGACUGCAGCAAACACUAAAAACGAGCCGAGUCAAAGCAACCCAAGGACAAACGUUUCGCAAGUUGCAGCAAUCUGUUCGACGAGUGUGAACGUAUCGAUCGGAAAUAUGAAAGGCGGUAUGAUCUUCACAUCGCCACACACAAAUCCAGCAAAUUUAAGCACUGUCGCGGAAAAGAGAGAACAGAAUACGGGAUUUACAUCGAUCGACACGAAAGCAAACGUUAUGCCAUUCACAAGUAUUGCAAAUAUUACUGGCUCGAAUGACGCAUUGAGUACAAAAUCGAACGUGAACGUAUCGACGCCGUUGUUUACAUUUGGAACCAAAACCAAUAAUCCAUCGACAACGUCCACCAAGUCCGAAGGAUUCGUAUUUGGGUCAGCAGGGAAUGCGUCAGUAAAUAGCGAAACGUUUGGAGCUUCGACGAGUACGUCUCGACAGGCUUCGAUGAUUCCUAACGCAGCGACGUCUUCGAAUAAUGGUAAUAGUGGCACGCAAGCUAAUAGCGUUACGGGUGCGAGCUCAGCUAAUACCGGUUUCGAAGCAAACCCAAAAGUUAGCUUACCUACAUUUGGAUCAUCGACAGACUCGACCUUUGCAUCGCAUUCUUCGUCCAGUUCGUCUGUAAACGAUAGCAAAGCUGGCUUUUCUUUCGGUAAAGCAUCGAUGACGACAAAUACAGCUACCGGUACCUCGAAUGUAGGUCCAUUCGCUGUUGCGAACAAUAAUUUGCCAUCGAGCUUUGGAGCUUCAUCGUCGACGUCGACGACGUCGACGAUCAAUAGUAGCACGGCUCAGAUCGCUCCGAAUACCGGCUCGAUAUUUACUAACUCGUCAUCCGCUCCAUCGAUCUUUGGGACAACGACAGUGAGUAAUCAGCCAGUUUUUGGUACGUCUAACUUGAGCGUCAGCACAGUUACCUUUACUCUGCCAAAGAGCACGACCACGUCAGUUUUUGGUUCUAACGUUGUCACUACUUCUGCUGGAUUCGCAUCCACGAAUUCGAUGCCAAUCUUCUCGAGCAUAGCCGGUGGGUCAUCUAUGGGAGCAAUAAACACAACUUCCAUUCCGAUGUUCGGUUCUAGCGCGAGUACAUCCACAUCCGGAAUAAACACCGGCGGAACAAGCAACGUCAGUAGUAACUUGUUCUCAAACGCGAAUGUGACCACCUCGAUAUCUAUGUUUUCUACGACGAGCAACAUCUUUGGUCAGGCGAAUUCGGCAACAGGUACGAGUUUCAAAAGCAGUUCGGGAGUAUUUGGAAGCAACAGCGGUUCGACGUUAUUCGGUUCGACGCAACCAACUACGUCAUCGGCGUUCGGCGCUGCAAAUGUUUCCAGCAAUUCGACCGCUUCCACUUUUGGUUCUACCAACAUUCCCGUGAGCAACGCAUCCGUCCCGGUUUUUGGCACUACAACUACCGGUACCCCCGACUUUGCCUCGCAAAAUCAAAACAAGGAGAAUCCAGGAGCGCCAACUUCUGCCUCGCAAAACUUUGGUAUGAGCUCGAUAUUCAGACGCGACAAUACCGGUGGUGCUCCCGUGUUUGGAGCCGCGAACAGUACCACCGGUCAUUUCAAUUCUUCCGUGCCGAAUAACACGUUCGCCGGGCAAAACGUCUCUAUCUCGUCGAACCCUACGUUCGGCAUGGGAACUGCAUCCACAGCAAACGGUCCACCAGCAUUUAGUGACAGCAACAAGGCAUCACCGUUCGGAGCACAAUCUUCCACCUUUGGGACUCCCAACGUGUCCUCUACUCCCACUUUUGGAAACGCUAAUGCGAACGAAAGCAACACCUCUGGAAUAUUCACCUUUGGAGCAAACCAAAAACCACCGCAACAGAACGCUACCGCGUUUGCCUUUGGCAACAAUAACAAUACUUCCGCUUCAGCACCUUUCCAGUUUGGCACGACAACUUCGAAUUCAGGUACAGGAUUUAAUUUCUCCGCUCCAACAACAACUCCAUCCAUCAACUUUGGCACAACAAAUUCCACAACGACAUUUAAUGCUUCCACGCCUGGUAUGUUCAGUAUCGGCAGUGGCUCUACCGCUUCAAGGUCCAGAAAUACACGGACCAGAAAACUGAGAUGAUGGAGAAUGUAAAUCUCGCUAGCAUCUUUUCGAAUAUUCAUCGUGGAAAUAUGUAAACGCGUUAUUUGAUUUUUUAAUACCGUUAUUCUGUAAUUCUAGCAUCGUAAUUCGGCAGAAUCUUGUCAAAAAACGAUGCCCCUCAAAUUCAUGCAGUUCUAUUGCACUGAGAACAGAAUUAUAGAAUAGAAUCGACAUUUUAACGUUACAGUUUUCACCAUUGUUAAUCUUAUCCAUCUUGUACAUACGAAAAUGUUAAAGCGGGUCUUUAUCUAUCACUGUGUUAAAGUCUGCUUAAGUUACAUUACGUGUAAUGCACAUGCAUAUAUAUAUGUAUAUACAUAUAUAUAUAUACACGUACAGAUAUAUAGAAGAAUAAAAUGCGUGAUUGUUUUAUUAAGGAAAAUCGAAUACCUAUUACAAGCGUGUUUGCUCACGGAACAUUGUAUAUUUAACUUUAAACGUUCAUCGAUCUAUGAAUCGUCGAUGACGCUAAUUAUCCUUUAUCUGCUAACUUCUUACCAAGAAUCGAGUUUUGAUAAACGUUAAAGGUUCUUCAUAUUUAUUCGAGUGACAUUUAUACUAUAUCCGGCCACUAAAAUGUUUUGGACAUACGAUAUUUAAUUAUUGUAAAUUUUCUGUCUUUUUUUCCUUUUUUCUUCUUUUUAAACAUUUUCUUUUGUAUUUUUUUACGCAAACAAAAAGGUUCGAGCGACGAAAACGCUUCGUGUUUUGAAAUAAGUCAUCAAUUUACAAAUUUCCGACAUAUCGAUAAACAUAUUUUUUGUUUUGAACGCGAUGAAAUCGUCAAUUGCAAUAGUUUAUUUCGUUUUUAUUUUUCAUAAUACUUUUAUCCCUUUUCCUUUUUUCUUGAUACGAUAGCUAGUUCGGAUAUAGAAAUAAGACUUAUAGGUGCGUAAACGGAGAUCACUUUUGUCUUCUUUAUUCGAUACAGAGGAAAAAGUAAAACAAUUGUAAAAGAGAAUGGGUGAAGAAGAAGUAAAAGGGCAACAAAGAGUAUUAACGCUCGCCGACAAAUUGGCGUAAGUACGUCGAAUAAAAAAGUAAGCGAAACGUUCACGACGUUUAUAAUCGAACGAUUGUAUCUUACGAUCGAGGAGCACAAAAUACUCAAUCGAUAUGUGAAAGUAACGUGAUAGAGAGGCGCUAACGGAACAUACAGGUGCGGUUCUCUAUGCCAUGUUGUAAAAAAUGCGUAAUUAUUUUUUUCUACAUUUUCAGGCAGAUAUAUCAUCUCCGUAAGGAAACGUUGUAAACUUUGAAAAAUGUCAGAAAUACGAAUACCAAUAGUGUUGGAGAAAUACAUUUUACACUUGC